AGGAAGUGGUACCAUUGCUCAAACAUCGAGUAUCACAGCUUACCGACUCGAGAAAUCCAUCAUUGUCUCCCUUGCCCCCAAAUCCGCUGGUCGGCUUAGCGUUUCUCCACGUCGGCACAGCGUCUGGCCUUCCCCGACAUUUGUCUUCGGGAGAGCCCUUAGCCGAUCUCCACUGGAAGCUUAGAAUUGAUCAAUUUAAUAAAGACGAUGGGGUCUGCUCUUUGAUCAUUUCUGAAUCUAAUCUUGCUCUCUAUUUCUUCAUAAAUAAAAAAAAGAGUUCAAGAUGUCUUCGCCUAUCCCCCGGGGCCUCCGCCAGGUCCUGCAAAAGUCGCCGUCGGAUAUUGUGAUUCUCUCCUCGCUACGAACGCCCGUGACACGCGCGAAAAAAGGCGGCUUCAAGGAUGCGUACCCCGAGGAACUGCUGGCUCACGUCCUGCGGGCAACGCUGGCGGCGAACCCGAACCUCGACCCUGCGCUGAUCGACGAGGUGGCCAUCGGUUCCGUGCUACAGGAGCUGGGCGGCGCCAAGGCCGGGCGGAUGGCUCAGAUCCAUGCCGGAUUCCCUCACAGCGUGCCCUUCCACACGAUCAACCGACAGUGCUCGUCGGGUCUGGCGGCCAUCACGGGCGUGGCGAAUGCGAUCCGGGCGGGCGCCAUCUCCGUCGGUGUCGGCGGUGGUAUGGAGUCCAUGACUCGCAACUACGGCUCUCGCGCGAUUCCCACCGUUCUGUGGCCGGAGCUGAAGGAGAGUCCCUCGCAGGACGCCCGGGACUGCAUCAUGCCCAUGGGUAUCACCUCGGAGAACGUGGCGAGUCGGUACGGCAUCUCCCGUGCGGACCAGGACGCGUUUGCCGCCGCAUCGCACCACAAGGCCACCGCUGCUCAGACGGCGGGUCUGUUCGACGCCGAAAUCGUCCCCGUCACCACUCUUUCGUAUGACGCCGAGAACCCCGACGCCCCGCCCAAGGAGAUCACCGUCACCCGCGACGACGGGAUUCGCGCCAACAUCUCCGUCGAGAAGAUGGCCACCCUCAAGCCCGCCUUCUCGCCCACGGGCGCCAGCACGGCCGGGAACAGCUCGCAGGUCAGCGAUGGCGCGGCCGCCACGCUGCUGAUGCGUCGUUCGACCGCCACCGAACUGGGUCUCACCUCCUCCAUCCAGGGUCGCUGGGUGGCCACCGCGGUGGCCGGGUGCGCCCCCGACGAGAUGGGCGUGGGACCCGCGGUUGCCAUCCCCAAGCUGCUCGAGCAGGUGGGCCUGGAUAUUGCCGACGUGGGCAUCUGGGAGAUCAACGAGGCCUUUGCCUCGCAGGCGCUCUACUCGGUGCGCAAGCUGGGCAUCGACGAGGCCAAGGUCAACCCCAAGGGUGGCGCGAUCGCCCUCGGACACCCGCUCGGAGCGACGGGCGCCAGGCAGCUUGCUACCCUGUUGCCGGAACUCGCGCGGACGGGUCAGGAAGUCGGCGUGGUGAGCAUGUGCAUUGGCACUGGGAUGGGCAUGGCGGGCAUGUUUGUUCGCGAGUAG